AGAUGAGAUGGCUCAAGAAUUCAAAACAUGCAAGCUGCAGUCAAUGGAAGGUGCAGAGCAGUGUGCUGAAAGAGGCGGCUGGGAUCAACUAUGGUCAGCUCAGUCUGAGCGAGUGGCAGAAAUCCAGCGGCGGUUGCAGUCAGCGUGCCGUGACGCGGCGUCACUGUCUGACCUGAAGGAUGGUGCAAGCGAUUCUCCAGAGCCUAGCUGCGGACACAAAGCACAGCAAGGCUAUCCCCACGUAGAGGCCCAGGUGAAGGUGACCAACCCUUGUCAAGCUGUUCCUGCAGACGAAGGGGCGGGGAGUUAUCCACCUGAGACCGCUCCUAGUGCUGGUGCUUCAGAUUCCACCGUUGAGGUCCCACAGGCCAUAGUCCAUCAUGAAGAGAUUACAAAUGUGUCCAACGAGGUCCUGCGUUUGCGCUUACUGAAGAGCCAACAUGAGGAGCUCAAGUCCCAGCUUUGCCGAGCAGAAUCUCAUUUGCGUCGACUUUCACCGCACGCUGUGUUUCAACUUCGUUCCUACCUGGAAAAGCAUUUUCGGGAACCAGGCUUGGCAAUGCAGUUGCAGGAGCCCAUAGUGCGGCUUCUCCAAUGUCUCUUUGCUGUCUUCAAGAUGGAGGUUUCGUCAUUCACCGCAGAAGCCAUGCUCAGCGGAGUGCGCAAAUUAUUCCGAGACCCACACAGUUUUACUUCGAAACUCUGCAGCAUGCCGCCUUUCUCCACAGAAGAGGCCAAGAAACUUGCUCCAUUCCUGACGUCAGGGUCACAAUUUCGAAGAGUGAGAGAAAAGGAGGUGAAUGAGUGCCACGAUGCUUUGCAUACUUGGCUGAGUGCCUUCUACACGUACUCAAGUGUCUCUGACCAGGUUGCAGUCACUUUGCACCAACUGGAAGGACAGGAAUUGCUGUUGCACCGCUUGAACAACCAGGAUUUGCAGAGUGUGCCCAAUACAGGAGGGCAUUUGGCAGAUUCAGUGCCUUGUGGUGUUGCACUCCGCUCAGCCAAUUCAGCCACAGGGGUGGCUAAGAAUCAGCCUGCAAGAGCCGCUGCGUCACCAUUGAGCCGGUCUCGACGUGCUUUGCAGGGAAUCACAGCAACACCUGGCACAAGGCGCAACGCUUUGUGAACUUGGAAGUGCAGAGUCCACGUGAGGUUCCGCGGCAAGCGCAGCGCUUUUUGUGAACCUCGAAAUUUUCUGCGAGGACCCGCUAGCCCAUGCCGCAAGGCAUUUGCACGCUCUGGCAUUAUCCAUCUAAACCCUGAUCGUUCCCCCCUCCCCACAAACCAUGCCAGGUAUGACGACGUGGAAAGAACUUGGGAUGUUGCGCAUUGUUGUGCAUUCUCAAAGCCCAAUGGUUAGUUCAUACACAAUCCGAUUUUCAACGCACGUCCUUUGGUUUCGGCAAGUAGUCCUGUCAUUUGUGUGUAGAGCACUUGCAUUUUGCUGAGGUUCAAUAUCUCAGGUGUGUUUUUGAUUGAGAAGAGUUCAUUCGUAUAAAUUUUCUGGCUUUGCCACCCAGGUGUUUUGAACACCGCUUUCAAGACGUGUUUUGAAAUUCUGCACAGAUCUGAAACGUUAAAGGCAAAGGUUCCAAAUUAAAGCGACCACGGCUGGGAGGUCUGGCAGAGCUCGGCCUGUCGAAUGCUCAAUUUAUUUUCUGCAACGUCUCUUAUAUAUUCUUCGCUUCCCCAAGGAAAAUGAGGUGCUUCGGUCUUCAGUCGUCGACCAAUGCCUUGAGUUCUUUUUGUAUGCCAUGCUCCUCAUUAUUCAUAUUGGUGUCGUAUUUAUGCGCACACUAAACACAACAUUUCUGUGUAUUUUGAGAUUAGCGUUCACAACCGACAUUGUUGUUUCGGAAUAGAUGUAAGGGUGGGAAUUCGUUUCAUCUUGCACUGAGAGCUGGCAGAAGGAUGUGAAACUUGUCUUGAACCAGUGGCCUCUGAUUGGUUUUGCUUGCUAACAGGGUAUAGCCAGCCGCUCACAAUCCCCAGCCCAAGCUGCUUGCAAUCAAGGACGAGUUCGUGUUUCACAACCCGUUGGAUCUGUGGCGUUUGGAAGUUCUAGCGUUUCAAGAGUCAUUCCGACAUCAAUUGGACGCACUGGUGCUGGGCGCCAGAGAGCAGACACGGCGCCUGUACAUGGUGAAGGACUUGGAAGGGUUCAUUCAGAAAAGACUCUGACAAAGAGUCCAAGAACAGCGGGGAGGAGAGACAGCCGUUCACCCUCUCCCGGAGGCAGAGCAUCGCCAUUGGCUCCUUUGCGAACUGCCUCUAGGCUUUCAGGACCGUCUUUCAGAGGCCAUCGAGAUGGAAGACCUAUCUCACCAUCCGAGGCAGCUAUCCCUACUGCACAAAGGAUGGUCAGUGCACCCACUGAACUUGCUUCCAGAUCUGUGGCCAGAUCGACGAAGGGACCAGCGACAUCCGCAAGGGUCAACAGUAAUCGGCAUUCUGCCACGGCACCAGUAGGACGGCCAUUUGCUCAUUCUGCCAGCGCAAAGACCGCGGCGCGGCAUGGAUCUCCAAACAAAGGUGCAGAAGUCACUCCCAGAACAAGUCACAGAAUCCGCUUGGAUGACUGUGCAGCAAAACAUUGCAAGGAUGGAAAUGAUGAUGACUCAGACGGAGAGGAUGGUGGUCCGUACAUCCGGCGCUUGAGCGAAAAGCAGUAUGAAGCGCUGGUACGUUGCGCUCAACAAGUUGUAGCUCUCAGUGGUGCGGGAGGAGCUCCAA